GGUGUUAUUCUUUGCUUCGGAGCUCAUGUUGAUCGUGUAGAUUCCCCUCUUCUUCUUCUUCUUCUUCUUCUUCUUCUUCGUCGUCGUCGUCCUCCUCGUCUUCUCUCUCAUCAUCGGCUCUUUUUCUUCUUCGAUUCGAUCCUAGAGAGAGAGAGAGUAGAGAGUAGAGAGUAGAGAUUAGAGGGAGAGGGAGAUGAGCGUGUCGAUUACGGUGAUGAGCCUCAACCUCCACGAAGGGGAUCAGCCCACGGAGAGCCCUAAUUCGUGGGAGAAGCGUCGAGAUCUCUGCAUCAGCGUCAUCACGAGCUAUUCCCCUACCAUACUAUGUACCCAACAAGGGUUGAAAUGGCAGUUGGAGUAUCUUCAGCAGUAUUUGCCAGGGUACGGCCAAUUUGGGAUCUCGAGGAAAGGAUCGCAAGACACCACUGAUGAACAUUGUACUAUCUUCUAUGAGAAGGACAAGGUUGAGCUACUUGAAGGUGGAACAUUUUGGUUAUCCGAAGCUCCUUCCAUUCCAGGGAGCAUGUCGUGGGGAUCGCAAGUGCCGUGCAUUGCUACGUGGGCUACAUUUCAACUCAAAAGGGUCGAACCACCCGGGUUUAGCUUCCAAAUUGUGAACACAAAUCUCGAUGAGUUUAGCCCUCGUGCACGGAGACGAAGUGCUUUGCUAACAUGGCAACAUAUAGCCUCCUUGCCACCUAACUUGCCUGUUGUCUAUUGUGGAGGAUUCAACACACAAAAGGAGUCUAUGACCGGACGUUUUCUACUUGGUCGAUCCAGAGAACAUGGAGUUGUCGGUGACAUGAGAGAUGCAUGGCCAAAUGCCCGGGUGCGGAAAAAUGUCUCACUGAUACGCACAUAUCAUGGGUUCAAGGGUGAUAAACAAGGUGCUGUGGAGUUCAUGAAGCUAAUUUUUAGAGCUCUUUGCCUCUGCUGGGAUCGGCAAACUCAGGAUUUGCAUAUUGAUUGGGUCCUCUUCAGAGGCCGCUCACUAGUCCCGGUUCUUUGUGAAGUCAUAAAUGACAAUGUCCAUGGUCUCUACCCAUCCUCUCAUUAUCCUAUCUUUGCCGAGUUUCUGCUUCCUCGCGCUGUACGGCCUCUCGAAGCAACUGCUUAAGUAAAUGAAGUCAUGAAGAACAUUCAAUAGGCUUUUGAGAUCUCGAUCCUACAAAACCUGCUUGUUGCGGCUUGCAUGGUGGAUUCCAUUUCGACCAACAUUUUCGGCUUCUGAAGAUGAUCCAAUUUUGUUCUUCAUGGAUCAAUGUUCUGGACGUAUAUUGAUAGCAAUCUGUAUGUGAUUAUGUAAGCAACUGAAUUCAUCCUUUAAGACUUCUUUCCGAGUGCGAAAUCGUUCAUUCUUCAGCUGAAAGAAUACUUGGUGAUCUUUGAUUGUAUGCUAAGAUCUUUGAUUCUGUUAUCCUCUUUUAUAAUAUACAGCAUUGUAAAAGAGGUUUAUGCACUGAAUAUUCCGGAA